AUGGCAGCCAUGUUGGCUCCUGCUUCCCAACUUAAUCGCAUUUCUGGUGCUGCUUUGCAAAUGCAAAGGGAAUUGCAGUGGUUCAAGGCGGUAGAGUGUUUGGUGAAUCCCGGAAUUGAGCUUCGUCUAAAUAAAGAAGGGCUGACUCCUCUGGACUAUUUCAAAAAAAACCACAAAGAACUGAGGAAUGAAGGAGAGAAAUGGAUGAAAGAUACCGCAUCUUCUUGCUCAGUUGUUGGUGCUCUUAUCGUUACCAUUAUGUUUGCCGCAGCUUAUACUGUUCCAGGAGGAAAUGAUCAAACUUCUGGGUACCCAAUAUUUCUGAAGGAGAAGUUAUUCAAGGUUUUUUUAAUUUCAGAUGCAUUGUCAUUGUUUGCUUCUACUACUUCUAUGCUUACAUUUCUAGGAAUCCUUACGUCACGUUAUGCGGAAGAAGAUUUCCUCUACUCCUUACCUACAAAACUGAUCAUAGGCCUUUCUUCACUUUUUCUCUCCAUUGCAACUAUGCUGAUAGCCUUUUCGGCAACAAUAAUCGUCAUGUUGGAACAUGACUCAUCACGUUUAUGGGCUUUUCUUCCUGUUAUUGUACUUGCUAGUGUUCCAAUAACAGUUUUUGUGUUACUACAAUUUCCCCUUCUUGUUGAAAUAAUUUCUUCUACUUAUGGUUCAGGCAUCUUCAAGAAGAGGGUGGUGAGGUGGCCAUGA